AUGAAGAGUGACUUAAUGUUUAUCGUGGACAACUCAAUGCACAGCAUAAACAAGGACUACGGCAAGGAGCGGCUGGAGUGCCAGCUGGAGGCGGUUAAACACGUGGUAGACCUGGUUUUUGAGCAAUCUGUUGAGUCCACUGUGGGGAUCAUGACCCUGGGAAGAGCCACAACAACGAAAAUUGUGUCUCCAACUUCCAGCAAGAACGACAUUCUCUCGUACUUCCAGACAAUACAGAAAGACGAGUUUGUGCACGGAGGAAACUCUGUUCUUAUUUCCAGCAUGGCGCUAAAGUACCGGACCAACCCCGCCCAGAAAAUUGCUCUGUUUUUGAGCUGCCCCCUAGAAAAAGACAACCUCGAUCUGACGGUCAGCGCCAUGGAGGCCACUCUGAAGAAAAACAUUUCUGUCUGCUUGAUUCUGUUUGGGGAGGCCCUGGAGUACUACAACGCCUUUGUAAAAAAGCUGGAAAACUUCUCGGAGUUUGCGUGCAUUACUGUCGCCCCCAACCAGUGCUUUAAACAGUGCGUGAUGAGCAUCAUAAAAGAGGCGGAGGAGGAAAUAGACCCGGAGCUGGAGCUGGCCAUAAAGCGGUCUCUAGAGGACUCCAAGCACAGCGCCCCAGAAUAA